AGGGGCGAGGACGCCCCAGGGCGCGACUGCUGUCUUCACCAAGUCUCGGAAGAGACAGGACGGGGAGGGGCGGCAGGGGACAGCCGGUGGGUGUGCGUUCCCACCCUCGGCACUUUGGCGUUGCCCUGCUUGGUUCAGGAGUGGCAGAAAGUUAAGACGACUCCGGCGGCUUGGUUUGAGCCAGAGGCGGGACCGAGAAGCCCAGGAGCCGGGAUAUGGAGCUACUGUCGCCGCCGCUCCGGGACGUCGACUUGACAGGCCCCGACGGCUCUCUCUGCUCCUUUGCCACAGCCGAUGACUUCUACGAUGAUCCCUGUUUCGACUCCCCCGACCUGCGCUUUUUUGAGGACCUGGACCCGCGCCUGAUGCACGUGGGGGCCCUGCUGAAGCCAGAGGAGCACACACACUUCCCCGCUGUGGGGCACCCGGGCCCGGGCGCCCGCGAGGAUGAGCAUGUGCGCGCGCCCAGCGGGCACCACCAGGCGGGGCGCUGCCUGCUGUGGGCCUGCAAGGCGUGCAAGCGCAAGACCACCAACGCCGACCGCCGCAAGGCCGCCACCAUGCGCGAGCGGCGCCGCCUGAGCAAGGUGAACGAGGCCUUCGAGACGCUCAAGCGCUGCACGUCCAGCAACCCGAACCAGAGGCUGCCCAAGGUGGAGAUCCUGCGCAACGCCAUCCGCUACAUCGAGGGCCUGCAGGCCCUGCUGCGCGACCAGGACACCGCGCCCCCUGGCGCCGCCGCCUUCUACGCCCCGGGUCCGCUGCCCCCGGGCCCAGGCGGCGAGCACUACAGCGGAGACUCAGACGCGUCCAGCCCGCGCUCCAGCUGCUCUGACGGCAUGACGGAUUACAGCGGCCCCGCGAACGGCCCCCGGCGGCGGCCCGGCUACGACACGGCCUACUACAGCCAGGCGUCCAGCGAGCCCAGGCCCGGGAAGAGCGCGGCGGUGUCUAGCCUCGACUGCCUGUCGAGCAUCGUGGAGCGCAUCUCCACCGACAGCCCCGCGGCUCCUGCGCUGCUCCUGGCCGACGCCUCGCCAGAGUCGCCUCCGGCCCCUCCGGAAGGGGCUUCCCCAAGCGACGCAGAACAGGGGGUUCAGACUUCGCCCCCCGUCGCCGACCCUCAGGGCCCCGCAGGCUCCACCCCCGAUCCGAUCUACCAGGCGCUGUGAGAGGCAGGCCGCAGAGGGGCGCCGGCCGCUCUCCCGGGACGGUGCCCUUCGGUCCCCAGCCAAAAGAUGAAGCUUAGACGACGCGCCUCCCAAGCCCCCUUUCGAAGCCAAGCACCCAGAAGCUGGGGAAUGGCAGGUCAGAAGGUGUGCCCACAUUCAGCCCCGAGGAAA